CUUGUAAAACAAUGAACGACUUUGAGAGUGAACAGUUGUGAAUGCAAGUAGGCUGGCAAGUGUUGAGACCCACAUUUUCUUCUCUGAUGACUGAAAACGCUGAAAUGUAAAGUAAAGGAGAUUUCCUCCACUUUACUUUUCAUAAACCUAUUUGAACUUGAAGACAACGGUCACACUCAGCAGCUUCUUCAGGUCUGCAUUUCAAAGUCUCGAGGAGGAAACGGGAGCGCCACGACACGGAUUAUCGACACGGCACCUCACAGCUGUUUUGCUUUAUACAAAAUAUUUGGAUCACUGUUGGACCCCAAGAUUUGUACAUAACUAUAUUUCAAUAGAUACGUUUGUGUUUGGAACGUGCCUCAAGUUUGCCGUUUUUUUGUGGAGCGACUUUAAAAAGCAAUGGUGGGGAGGCUUAAUUUACAGCAUGUGUCUGAUGACGAUCCGCUGGAUAUGAAUUUCAAAGCUGAUCGGCCUCUUGACAGUCCGGACUCUGGUUUGCCUCCGAGCCCGAGUCCAAGUGUUUGGUUACUGCAGGGCACCGGGACUGUCACCCCCAUUACUGAGGAUGAAAGCAGAGAGUCAGCUGUGGUUCCAGUUAAAUUGCAUGCAUUGUCCUAUGGAGAGGGCAUUGAACUAGAUCCUCUUCCAUCAAAAGAAAUAAGAUAUACAUCAUCAGUGCGUUAUGACUCAGAUCGACACUUCAUCCAGGAUGUGACCCUGCAACCCAGAGGUCUGGGGUUGGAGAUGUGCAGCCAGACAAUUUUGGCCCUGCCACAAAGCACCUGGAGACAUUACAAGACCCAGCUCGAGUUUCAGCCCCGUCAGAGGGUGCAGCGCUACCAAAGCACCACUAUUGUGUACCCCAAACACACCCGGACCUUCUACACCACCCAGCUCAACUAUGAUGGGCACAAGCUGGCCAAGCGCUUCUUUUCUGCUGUAGAGCUGCAGGCGUCUGACUGCAAGGCUGGUCUUUGAAAGACAGACGGGUAUUUGUGCCUGACAUUACGCCCAUAUGUACCAAUUAUAAACCACCGCCUGCAUUCAUUGUGAGUCCCAGGAGACAAAAAAGGAAACUUGGACUUAAAUUGUUGCCAGUUGGAAAGGGGUUCCCAAGAAAGACUUGCAUUUUUUAAAGGUUUUUUUUAAGGUUGAAGGAAAGUAAGCAACUGUGUUGCUUUUGUUUUUAAGAGGUUUUUAAGAGUGACACGCAGAUGUUUUGAUGGUUUGCUUCAUCAAUGCUCUGUAGUGGUAUAACGUGGUUAAUAGUAUGGUUUUUAAUUGUAUGUACUAUGUGUGGUUGGUUAUUUAAUGGUUAGAUUUCAGAUGUUGCUGAUCUUGGACCAUCACUGCUUUGAAAGGUUAGAUUUAUUGCUCACACAUAGGUUGUCACAGAGGGAUGUGGGAAAGCAGACCCCUUCAUUAAUUUAGUUAUAGAAUAAUAAAGCAUAUUUGGGUUUAGAUACGAAGGUGGAGCUUUUUAUACUAUUUUUUUCACAAAUUAAAUGGUUGUAUUUCACUGAGACCUACAGUAUAUGAAAGAAUUCACAUGUAUUUUUCUUAACGGACAGGGUAUUUGGGUUUGUUUGCACAAGGUUAAUGGGUAUAUCCAUGUAGAAAUAUUUGAAUCAUUAACUUCAUCUGAACCUAACCUUAUCUGCAUAUUUUUACUACUGUAAGUCUUUUUUUUUUUUGGACAUAUUUAUGCUUAACUUCAGUGUCUCUACUUGGUUUUAGGAAGUUGUAAAGAUUUCAUCUUUAUCAUUUACUUGUGAAGGAAAGCUAAAUAGUUGGGUUAGCAUUAGAGAUUAACCCAAUACUGCAGACUGAGGUUUUGUAGACCAGUAUUUGAAAUAAAUUAUAAUGUAAAUAACUUUCAAACAGCACUUCAGUCUAAAUGUAUGUUUUAUCAGUGGGACUUUUAUUCUACUAUUUAUUUCCUGUUUGUUUUUAUUUGUUAUUAAUUUUCAUCUGCGUCAUUGUUAGGGAGGCAUAAUCGUUGCAACUGUUUUUGUAGUUGUGCUGUUGUUAUUUUAAUAAUUUUAAAACAAUAUAGGAUAAUUAUUUAAAUUGUUUUAUAUUGUUUUAAUGAAAAUAAUCGCAGUGAGAAUAAUUAAGACAGCAAGUAACUUUUAAAAUGAAAUAAAUUCAUGAUUGGUGAUUCGUGAUUGGA